GGCUUGGAGUGAAUCUUCACCCACGGGUUUCUUCCCUUUUUUCCUAUAUUAGUCCCUGUCUCCUGGUGGAUUCUCCGGCAUAGAUCAAAUUGAAUGAAAUUUGCCUUGGUCUGAAAAUAGGAAAGUCUAUCUGGCUUUGCUCUCAGACAGCGAGAUGCCCAAGUUGAAAGGAGUCGAAGGCACAAAAUCCCACAAGAAAAUGCGAAGAAAAAGGUCCACUGCGAGUACUGUCAAAGGAAAAAGAAAACUUGGAGGCAAGGGUAAAAAGGUAACUAACUAUUGCAGUUUUCACCUAAGAUUUAGUUUGCGUUGACAGAACGACCGGCAUGAUUUUCUUCUUUUUGAAGAUCUUUGCGUGGGACGAAAUAGUUCAUGUUGUCUUCCUUCUUCCCUUCUUCAUAAAUCCAGUGUAGUGCGCGAUGAAAGUAAGGGCGCUUCUGUCAUGUUUACUUACGGUUUGAAUUACAUUGAAAUUUUCAAGGCUCUCAGAAAGUGCAGUAUCACUUGUCUUUGGAUAAUACGCAAUGGUUGAAAUAAUUUGCUUGGAAGUGUUACUACUCGCGUCGAUCUUUUGUGUAGGUAGGAGGGUCUCGAGACUAUAGUGUGCAGACAGUUUCUCGAUAUAUCUGUAAAAUAAAACAUAAUUUUUUUUCGAUGAAAAAUCUUGUUGCGUCAGGCAGAGGAUGAACAUGUAUUUGAUAUUUUAUGUUGGAGAUAUUCAGGAGUCGUACUGUAUGGCUUUGCCCAGUACUUGUCAUGUCGAUUUCAGACAUCCAUAGUUCUCUAGACCUUUCUGUUGGCUUUUGAACUUACAACUUCGAGUUGAUUUCAAUUAGGGGAACAAAGCCUUAACCGAAGAUGUCAACUAUUUGGAUCAUAUUUGUUCAGGGGUAAUUUUUUCGGAGCGAUUUUCGUUUCUUGGCGAUCAAAAGUCAGCUGUGACUCUCUUAUCUGCGCGCGUUUGCUGUUGCGUCGAAGGAGGACUCAAGAUCGAUCUUGAAGGAAACUUCUGGCCGGUACCCGUUUCUCAGGAGAUAAUUGAAAAAAGCUGCGUAAAACAGUUUCUAAGGGAUAGUACAAAAGAUCGCUGAAAUUUUCUAUCAGUGACACAUAGACAGAGUUUAGUGUAUCGAGUUUUAAAAAAAUUAUUUUUCUUUUGUAGCAGUCUGGAAGGAGCGUGAGCCCUCGGAGCGAUUCAUCAGAGGACAGCGUAUUUAGCAAUCAAGCCUGCGCACCACGGACUUCGGGAAGGAUCAAAAAAAUGGCGGCAGUGUUCAAUCGAGAGGCGAGCUUUGAUGACAAUCGUUCUGAUGUUUAUGAUGACGAUGAAGAUAGGGGAUUUUUCCACAUGAACGAAUCAGAUGAAGGUAUAAUUUAGUUAUUGAGAGUGCAACAAUUUGUAUGGAUGGAUCGAAAAAUGGGUAGUUUGUUUUACUUGUGGAACUCAGCAGUGCAUGCAAGGAUAUGUUUACAUGUUAAGUUGCAAAAUAUGAAGGGUGUAAUGUUUCAUACAUUAUAGUCAACAGACUCUUGAUUUGCAUUGUUUGAUAGUAGAUUCAUUUUGAGUAUUAGUGGGUACAGUUUUUCAUUGCUCUCAGGGCUAGCUAAGGUGUCUGCACGAAAUUUUGGAUACUUGUGCAUGUAUGUGAGCUCCAGGUAUUUUUUUUUUAGAUAUGCCGAUUAACCCAAAAACACUUAAGAUUCAUACAGUUAAGAAAGGAGUUCCCUCUCUAUGUUUUGACUGUAUGAAAGAAUGGGUCCCAUGGCAAUGGUUAACAAAAUAAUGUUUGAUUAAAUAUUUGUAAUUGGUUUAUGGGCUUUGAUCAAUCAAGAUAUUUUUUUAUCAUUGAUAAGACUUUGAUAAUAUUCUUUUUAAAGCCAGACAGUGUGGAUUUAUUUAUUCAGCUAUAAAUCCCUGAUAUACUGUAUGCUAGAGAGAAUUGAAAAUUUAAAGCUGAGAAAUCCAUUUUUGUAAUGUUGAAUAGUAUGUUGUACCCAUGCUACAAGGUACAUGUAUGAUUAAAAAUGUUAUCUAAAUUGAACUUUAGAUACAGAAGAUGCAAGUGAAACUGAUAUGGCAAAGCUUGAAGAGGAGUUUACAGAAAUGAAAGAACAGUAAGUAUUCCUUCCCACUUGAUAAAAAGUUAGAGAAAUUGCUUAUGGACAACUUGUCUUACCUAAUCCACCAUAGAUAGAGCUGACAUGUAAUCUAGACAAUCACAGUAUUUUUCACGAGAUGUGCUCAUUAGAUUUAAAAAUGCUAAUUUAUAGGUUUAUUUAUAUUUCAGAAUGUACCAAGAAAAGUUACAGGAUUUUAAACAACAGCUACAGAAUUUGAACAGUGGUAAGAAGAUGAGUGCUGCUAUUAAAUUUGCUUUUGAACUCAAAAUUAAAAUGGAUUUUCACUGCUAAGUGUAGUUGACUUAACCCUUCACCCUUCACCCUUCACCCUUCACCCUUUAUGGAAGUGAGAAACUGUCUUUGAAAUGAUAGAGCGAUUUUCACUAUUUCUCAGGUAAACAUUCUGACUACACUAAGAGGCUGAAUAAACUUGAUUUAGUUAGAACAGAGAGACUUCUCAUUGCAGGUAAAGUAUUAAAAGCAUUUCUUUUAAUUUUCAUCUUUGUUUACUCGUUGUCAUUAGUAACAUUAUUAUACAUGUGCAUUACAAUACAAGGUUGGAUUACAUUUUAUUACAAACAUUAAUGUUUUUGUUUGGUUCUAUUCUUGUUUCUCUUGAAUUUUCAGACAUCUGUAGGAAGUAUGAGGUAUGUACUGGAUAUAGAUAUUAUUCCAUGGAAAGUAUACGCAAACGAUUUUUAUUCAUUUGUUUUGAUGCAUCAAAAAAUUCACCUGUUUGCUUCACUCAGUCAGUCGUUUUUUUGACAUUGCAACUGAUGAAUAAAAAUUUUCAAGCACUUUGCAUAGUAUGAUGUUUUAUAUUUCAUAUGUACUGAGAUUUACACAAUAAAGCACAAAGCAAACUAUUGUGGAAAUACAUUGUUCCAAUCAGAGAUAAAACUUUGCAAUUUAAGUGUCAGUAAGUAUGAAAUCAAUUAGGGUUAUCAACUAAAGGUGGCACCUAGGGAUCAAUUGUUUCCUACUUCAGAAUUAAGAACUUUUCUCUUCAUCUUGUCUUUGUAUGCCACUAUUGUUUACUUCAAGUAAGGCAUCAGCUUUCUUCAAAUCAUGUUUAAACUCUAAACUGCUUGCUUUAAUUUAUAUACUCCAUAGUUAUCAACUAGUUUCUAUUCAAUUCACAAAUGAUAUACCUUGUAUACCCACAUUUUAAAAUAAUGUAAAGAAAGUAAAAUUUACUCGUUCAGUGCUUUCUGAUUUCACAUAUAUAUUUGAUUGUUGUUAGGAUUUUACAUAACACACCUUUUUCCUUUGCUUUUGGUCUAUAUAAAAUGAAGCCCAGCCUUAUUUGUUUGUAACAGUGAUAUUCUUGCGUUCUUCACAAAGAUUGAGCUUGUUGAGAAGGAAUAUGUCCGUGAACAGAAAGCAGCACAAGAGGAGUAUGAGGUAAGGGCUGCCUCUCAGUUAUGGGGAUGUUUUAUUCUGUUUUUGUGUGAUUAUUUCGUAAUUCUAUUUAUUUUUUAUUCCUUUCACAAAUAUCUUUUGUACAGCAUUAUGAUCUUUCACAACAAGAACACUACCCUAUAUCAUUCAUAUAACUUACUUAAACUACUCUAUGUAAAAAUUUGUUUACCAGUAGAUUUAGCAACAAUAUAACAAUAAAACUUAAUGCAUAAAAAUAUCUAACAACAAACAGUUCAAAAUAACUAAAAUGAACCAUGCAUGAUUCUCUGUUAUUCAGAGUUUCGUGCUUACACACUCGUCAGACAGAUUUAAUCUGAGCACUUUCCUACAGCAUUUGGUACAAUUAACAUCAAACAUGUAUAUGCAAAUUUUAAAAAUAGUCAACUAUGGUAUGUUGGUCUGAUUUAAUCCCAAAUUCUCCAAAACCUAGUUGAAGACGUGUUUAACUUUUAGUAACGAAAAUUAACAUGGCUACAGAGUUUUGAUUAAGGGUUUUGCUGUUGUGGUUUAAAGAUAAGCCAUUUGUUUGUAUUUUUCUCCGUUGUUUAAUUAGCAAAAGAAAGUUGAACUCAAAGAGACACUCUUAAAUGAACUACAAGAGAAGAAAAAGGUGAUAGAGACAGAGAGGUCAUCCAUGGAGCUCACCGGAGGUUAGUUAAAUAAAGGUAUUUUUUCAAAAGGAAUCAUCGCAGAAUAACACAUUAUUUGGGGUAGACAAAAAUUCCAAAGCAUUUUGCAGUAACAGAAAGAAGCUCAGAUCAAUAUCUGUAUCUGGGCAACUGCCCACCUACCCCUCCCCUAACCCAAAAUUAACCCUGACUUGUUAUCAAUUGACUGUUGUUGAGUUAGGGAAGGGGUAGGUGGGCAGUUGUCCAGAUACUGAUAUUGAUCCAGAAGCUCUGCAUCAAUUAAAGUAACCAAAAAGUCACAGCUCGUGAGCUUUCAUUUCAUUGGAGUUUCCACAUUACAGGGUUUUCAUUGAGUAGUUAGUUUUGCUGUCAAUCUCUGGUUUUUGUAGCAUCCUUUAUUGAAAAAAAAAAAAAGUUAUCUUUGAUAAAACAGUUGCUAGCCACCAAUAAUAGUUGGCUCAUGGUGAUUUCAACCAGCAAUAAACUACCUGUACAUUUUAUCAAAAAUUUUCCUCUGAUUUAAAUGUUGCCUAGAAGCAAAUUGUUUAGGGGAAUAAUGCUAAAUGACUGACAAUUCUCCUAUUUUGAUAGAUUCAGUGGAAGUGAAACCUGCUGUUACACGAAAACUGAGAAGAAGACCAAAUGACCCAUUACCUGCUCCUGAAAAAAGAAGAAAGACUUCUCAUAUCCUUAUGAAUUCAUUGCCCUACAAUUCAAUUAUUGAAGAUUUUGUUAUUUUGUUACUAGGUACAAAAAAUUUGUCAGCAUAUGAUAAGUACUGUUGAUAUGAACAGAGAGUGAGAUAGAAGGGAUCACUUUGCCAGGUCAUGUGUAGCCAUUUCAGAUUGGAGAAUUCUGGGGUUGUUAGGUAGAACUCUGUAGUCUUAACCUCCUAACCCCUUGGAAUGAUUAGCAUCUUGUCUCUCCCCAGGAUCUUACCCCUGAAUCAAACAUUAAGGUUAUGAGAAUAUAGGAAAUGGUCACCAAGUAAAGAGGGUCUUGAUGGUUGUACAAAUCCUCUUGAGUGCCAUAGGAAAAUUUUUGUGACUAGUAUGGAGAAUUUCAUAGAAAAGGUUGUGGUUAUUCAUCGUGGUGAAUGACAAUAAAAGCAAAGUUUUUCUUGUUUGUCUCACGUGACUACAUCAUGACACAAACGAAAAAAAACUUAGCUUUUAUUUUUAUAGUAUGGAGAAUAUACGUAUUGAUGUUCGGGUGUAAAAGGUUAAAGCUUGAAGUACUUUCUAUUCUGAUUGGGAACAUAUUUUUCUGUUUCUCAUCACUCUUCUCCUGCCUAUGCAUUUUCUCAAUAAAAACUCUGUUUGUUUCUGUUUGACCUGAGUUCUAUGUUGUGUUGGCAAUCUUAACCAACCUCACCCCAGAUAAACUACAUGCUUGAUGAAGAAGAUAUCAUGGAAGACUUAAAAGCCCUCAACAAGUUGGUCUCUCUUCCAGGAGAGGUGAUGAAAUGUUUUUGAGUGUGAUAAAAGUAUUGAUUGAUUAUAUGUACCUUUUUUCUGUGCCUCCAAAAAGGACAGGAAAAAAAAAGUCAUUUGUGAUUGCUUAAAAGGAUGUUUCGAAAGGAUGUGUUAAGUUAUUCUUAGUUUAGGGAUGAUUUAUAACUGUGAAUAACCCUUUUUUUUAUUCGAAAAAAAAAUUGUGACCUUGUAGUGAAUAAACUGUUCAAUCAUUAUUUGCACAUAGAUGAAAUUUAUGGUGGUAUUUACAAACUUUGAUGAUCUCUAAUGCUGUAUUUUAGGUGUCAUCAUCACAAGGCCAGUCACAGAAUAAAACAGGAUCAAGCCGUCUUAAAACAUCCUCAGGUAUCUUAAUGAAAUUAUUUCUCACAAGCAGCACAUGUAUGAUACAGCUUGCUCACCAAGGAGAAGUUAUCCUUUUAGUAAAAGACAAAAUUUUCAUUAUUUAUUAGACCAAACUGCUUCUCAGGCUCAUAGUGGGAGGCCUUAUAGUGUCUACAACUCAUGUGAUAUAUACUUAAUCUUCUUAUAAAAUAUCUCAGGAAACGGCUCACAUUCAGAAAUCUCAUACCCAGUGGAGGUCCGCUCCGAGGAUGGAAGGCUCUUAUAUGACAAAAAAUGGUAAACGCAUGUCUUGUGAAAUUAAUGUGCAGUUUAUUGUUAUAGCUCAGCAUAAGUCUUAAGGAACUGCCCUAGGAUAAUUUUAAUUGCUGAAGGCUUGUUACCUUCAAGGAGGAUUAAAAAAAUGUAAUUUGAGCACCAUGCAUAAAAACUUGUGUAGAUGGUGCAGCUGAUUGCUUAUUGCAGUAUUUUUAGCUUGAGUGCUCUUCUGUAAAGGAGUAUUAUAAUAGAUCUCUUGACUUUGGUUCUCCAUCGUUAUUAGGUUCCAUAAAGGGUGUGGUAUUGUUGUAGAAACAAGAGAGAAUGGAAGAUAUAGGUGAGAUUUCUUACAGUUGUUUACCAUGGCACCUGCAGAAUUAAUUGUUGUUGUUACCUUUUUAAAAAAACAAAUUUAUCAUCAUUAUUAAGUUGCAAAAAGCUUCUUUUCUAUUUUAGUCAUUGAAACAUUUUCUUUUCUUUCAGUGGAUCCCUUCAUUCUAUUGGCCAGUCAGAGGUGAGAUUACCUACAUUUUUGACACUAAUCAAAUUUGAAAGAUCUCAUUUAGUUAAAUUAAUAUGCAAUGCUAAUCGUGAAGGCAACACUUCUCAUUCCAAACUUUCUUUUGGACUUUAAUUCAUAGCUUAUGGUGACACCAUGAGUAUAAAUCCUGUGUAAAAAUGUGAGGUAUCAUGAUUGAAAUACAGCAUUGCCUGCACAACUUAAGUAAUCCUAAUAUCAAGUCUCGUCUUACUUCCUUUAAUACAUUUGUCAUACAAAAUUACAUAUUGAAUAUUUAUUUUUUUUCACAUUAUUUUAGAUAUGGAUCAAGAAAACUGAUAACACAAAAGUGCGAAUUUACAUUUCCUCACUGAUGAAAGGGAAAUUCCAUCUCAAGAAGAAAAAUUCCAGCAGCAGCAAUAAUAGCAUGAAUUCUGGUCCUUCAGUGAAUCACUCCAGUACAUAACACUCAUUCUGAGGACAUUUAGGGUCAUUUAUAUCAACAAUUACUUUUAAUAAUUGAUGCCCCAGUCCAUAACUCUUAACUGGUAAUGUUUUCUUUGUUAAUAAAGUGACACCAGAUAAACUUUCCAUGCAUAUGGAGCAGCACUAAGAAAGAUUGAACCAACCAAAAAUGUUAAAACUGGGAACAUUUUCAGAGUUUAUCAUGCAAGGGGUCAUAAAAGUUUUGUUUCAGAAAUCUAAUUUCUUUGGCAAAAAUUUGCAGUCAAAAAAGUCUAUAAGAGAUCUACUUGUGUACAUUAUACAGAGGUGCUGUUUGUGAAGGUCACAGAUAUUUAUUUGUAAACUUUGUCAAUAUAGAUUAGAGAGGGAAUUGUCUCCACUGGAAUCUGUAGAUGUCGCACUGUGAGUACCCUUGCUGGGAGUGUUCAGUUUUUAUCACACUUUAUAUCCAAUCCUUCUUUGGCUCUUGUAAAUUCCCUGAAUUAGAGUAAAUCUCUCUAAGUUCAUUACCCAGUUGUCAGUUUAUCACACUUUAUAUCCAAUCCUUCUUUGGCUCUAGUAAAUUCUCUGAAUUAGCAUAAAUCUCUCUAAUUUCAUUACCCAGUUGCCUAUCAUUUCAGUAUAAGUUUUGUGGUUCCUUGUAACUUUAGGAAACAUUGCAAACAGAACAAAAGGAAAAAAUUAACCUCUAGAGGUUCUUCUAUCAGCUGUGUUGAAAAUAAUUUUCUCCCAGUGUAAUUUCUCUCGUUUCCUGAUAAUCAAGGUCAACAUGCAUAUAUUUACUCAGUCAGAGAAUGUCAUUGCUGUAAAUAGUAACAUUCAACCAUGUAUUAAAAACUUUGAAACAAU